CGGAUAAAUGGGGAGGGUUGCGUUAGGAAGGGCAUCCAGUGUAAAAACGUGCCAAAUCAAAACAUGCGGAUGGUCCGCUGUGGCGACCCCUAACAGGAGAAGCCAAAAGAAAGUUUAUAGAGUCAUGUUGCUAUAGUACAGAAACGAAUGAUCGGGUGAGUAAUGUGUGCUGAGGUUACAUGACUAUACUUUUCACCUUUUUACAUUCUAAUAUAUAAAUGUGAGUAAACAUUCGUUUAAGAUCUUAAUCUUUAAAAAUUUUUGUCUGGAUACUUUUUAAUUGUACAUUUUGAGCAUUUCAGAUGUUUUUGUCAGUUUAGCACAUAAGUCACCUGCGUUGUGGCCAAGAGCACAAUGAAUUUCAACUUUAAUUAUUAAAUAUCGAAUAUAUUUUGAACUUUAACAAAUGAAUGUAUUGACAUUUUUUUUUUUUACAAAAUAUUAAAAACAUACAUUUACCAGCAGUUUAUACUUCUUGGCAGCCAGGAUUUAAUAGUGGGCAUGGAGGUUUUAACUGUAUUCUAUACACAAUGUUUGACUAUAACAUUUUGAUCUCAAUUGGGCAAAACACAUGAUAACUGUAUUUCCAAUGUUGUUUCCAAUUUCCAAGUGUUGCUUUUUUUUGUUGUUGUUGUAUAUUCCAUUUCUUUAUCUACAAAUAUCCAAAUUGCUCAGUCACAUGAUGUGUCUUUUUUAUAGAGCUGACUUGACUAAAUACAAACAGCUGGUAAAUCUAGUGAGACGAAACAUCGUCAUACUUAUUUCUGCUAUUUCUUAUUUUUCUCUACACAGAACUACAUGUAAAACCCUUAAACAAUUAAAUUGAAAUAUAAAUAUUUUAUUAUUUCAAUUUCAGGUUCACAUUAUGAGCAAGAGCAUGUCAUACCUAGCAGACAUCCAUGUAAUUGGUGGGAAAGGAGGAAAUCCAUUUAAUUUCAAUGGUACUGAAAAUGGAUCCACCCUGAGAAAGAUCUGGGUGUGGGUUGGUGAAUGGCAGAUAAAAGCCAUCAAGGUUUGGCUUACGGAUGGCCAAUCCAGGGAUGUUGGUCAACCUGGAGGGAAAGUUUUAGAAUUUACAUUUGAAGAUGGAGAACAUUUCACCUCCCUUUCACUUUGGGGGAACGGAGCUGGAACACGUCUGGGUGGCAUCAAAUUCAAGACAAAUCGCUCCCAUGAGUUCUUUGCACACAUGACAGACUGGGGGCUGAAAACAGAAUAUCCUAUUGAUGUUGGUUCUGGGAUCUGCAUGGGAAUCACCGGGCGUGCAGAUGAAGAUGUUGACAGCUUAGGCUUCCUAUUCAUCAACACCGUCAAAUCUACUGUGCUAACAGAUGUUCAGUAUCCCACACUUCACAGUGUGAUACCUUAUGUGGCUGUUGAGGAAAUAAAAUCCAUGACGUACUAUAACAAUUCGACUCAAACUCAAGAAUAUCGAAUUGAAACCUCCAAAAAAAUCACCAAAAAAUCUUCCUGGUCUGUUUCCAACAGCCUUGAGUUCUCUUUCAAUGGAAGUACGGCAGGAAUUCCAGAGGUUGUUGACUUAUCAACGAAAUAUGGCUUGAAAAUGGGAAAUCAGAGCUCGUAUGGCUUAGAAAACAGUGAGGAGAAAAUGGAGCUGCUGUCAUUUCCUGUUAAAGUCCCUCCUGGGAAGACUGUGGAAGUGGACAUCACAAUUGGCCGAGCUACAGUUGAUCUUCCCUACAAUGGCACAGUCAAGAUUACCUGCUAUAAUAACAGCGUGCUGCAGUUUAAAACCAGUGGAACUUACAAAGACCUCAGUUACACUAACGGAAAGGUUGUUGUGAAUAAAACUUCAAAAAAGAUUGGUCAGGAGCCAGAGACUGUGAAAUGAUUUUUUA